GAACUGGCCAAACUCGCGCAUGCGCGCCAUGCGCUUUAAACUCUAUACAGCUUUUCGCUGUGUAUUUAACACGGCGGCGAGGAGCCGAGGAGUGUAAAGGUGACGUAAUUCGGUCAAAGAAAACCAAUCACCAACCAUAAGAGAAUUUUGAUUGGUGUGAAUCACAGAACAAUGAAUGGCUGUCGGUUAAAAAUGCUUGAUGUUGAUGGAAAAACUCAUGAAAUGUUGUUAGACAAUUACAUUUCAAAUCUUAAAAGAAAAAAGUGGGAAAAUAACUAUGUGAUUGCGGAAAAAACUGUUCAGCUUUUUAGACAUUUUAUUGAUACAAUCCAGUGGUCAACAACUAUAGAAUUAUUAAACCAAUUGAGAGAAUACGGAUUCAAAAUCACAUCAGCAUUACCAUUACAAUUUAUUGUUGGCAAUAUUAUUAGACGAAUACUAAAUAUUAUUCGGGAAGAACACACUGCUGCUAGAAAAAGUUCUGAAGAAGAAAUUGAUGUACAAGAAUCAUUACAUAAAAUAGUUACAUCUGAAGAUGAUGUUGAUGACUAUAAUAGUAUUGUUCCUGAACUUAAGUUAUCAAUUUUUGAACAUUUAGAUGAAUUUCAAAUAGAGAUAGAAUCUAGUAAUGAAGAUAUUUCUAAGCAAGCAUUGGAACAUAUUCAUUCAAAUGAAAUCAUACUUACUGUUGGAAAAUCAUCUGAAGUUGAAAUGUUUUUAAAAGAAGCUGCUAAAGAUCGAACUUUUGAAGUAUUCAUAACAGAAUGUUCUCCCUUAAAUCAUGGCAGACAAUUAGCAUUAAAUCUCUCAAAACAUAAAAUUCAAUCAACAUUAAUUCCAGACUCUACAAUGUUUGGCAUAAUGUCUAGAGUAAACAAAGUUAUAAUUGGUGUUGAUUCUGUUAUGGCCAACGGAGGUCUCAGAACAUUCAAUGGUUGUCAUGCUGUUGCUUUAGCUGCAGCUCAUUAUUCUGUUCCGGUUAUAGUAUUAGCACCAAUGUAUAAGCUGAGUUCACGCUACUUAUGUUCUUAUAACCAGGAUGCAUUCAAUGAAUUUGUUUCACCAGAUGGUGUUCUUAAUUAUUCAGAUUCAGUAGUAUCAAAAGUUGAUGUUUAUAACCCUACRUACGAUUAUGUCCCUCCUGAAAAUGUCACUCUAUUUAUUUCAAAUAAUGGUGGCCAUUCUCCUUCAUAUGUCUACCGAUUACUAUCUGAAAUAUAUCAUCCACUUGAUUACGAUUUAUCUGUUCACAACAAAUAAAAUAUUACUCAAUGGGACCUAUGUUACUGUUGAGAUAUAUUUACAAUUAA